GUUCGGUUUAAUCUCUUCGGUUUGUUUUUAUUUUUCUUUCUAAAAAAAAUAAAAACAAGCCAAAAAUUACCCUAAACAUUGUUUCUUAUCGAUUUGAUCCAAUUAUCAUCACGAUUUAUCUCCAUUCAAUCUGAAAAAAAUUCUCAAAUUUCUAAAUUCUCAAAGCUUCAUCCUCCUAGCUAGUGAGUUCAAUCUGGAUCACAUCGAGAUUUUGAAGUCUCUUACAAAUGUCAUCAGUAGGAACAUCGAAGGGGAUUCUUGAAAUCGCUAAGUUCGGUGUUUACGUCGCAGUACCAAUCGUACUAAUGUAUACAUUCGCCAACAACAGCACCAACAUCAAUAGAUUCAUGGGCGAUCGUUCGUACGUUGUUUAUCCUAAAGAAGCUCCUCUCCCUCCUUCACCUAAAGAGCUAAGAGAGAUGGCUAAAGAACUUGCCCGCAACAACAAGAACUUGUAUUAGUACUUUUUUGGUGAAAUUAUUCUUU